CCCACCAGGGCCGCCCCGUACCCGCUAAGUGCAAAGCUGGCGGCCGCCGCGGAGCAGAGGGCGCGAGAGCGGCCCGUCCCGCGGGAGAUCGCGGGGGCCGGCCGCUGCGAGCGUCGGCGAGUGCCUGGGGGCCCCGGCGGCGUCCGGAGGAGCGGGCGGGGCCGGAGGGCGUUUCCCGCGCGCGGGGCGGACGCGCCGCGGUUCUCACUCAGGUCCGUCCGCAGGGGGCGUAUUUGAGCGGCCGCGGCUCGGGCAGGGGCGGCGGCAGAAGCUUGUCCUCCGGGCGUUGCGGUCAUGUCUGGCCGGGGCAAGGGCGGGAAGGGGUUGGGCAAGGGCGGCGCGAAGCGGCACCGCAAGGUGUUGCGAGACAACAUCCAGGGCAUCACCAAGCCGGCGAUCAGGCGCCUGGCCCGGCGCGGCGGCGUGAAGCGCAUCUCGGGUCUCAUCUACGAGGAGACCCGCGGGGUGCUGAAGGUGUUCCUGGAGAACGUGAUCCGCGACGCCGUCACCUACACGGAGCACGCCAAGCGCAAGACGGUCACGGCCAUGGACGUGGUGUACGCGCUCAAGCGCCAGGGCCGUACCCUCUACGGCUUCGGGGGCUGAGCCGCCGUCGCUGCAGACGUGGCUCACCCCAAAGGCCCUUCUCAGGGCCACCACGGAGUCCCGGAAGAGCUGUGUCACGGGCUGCCCUUGUCGGGCUCCGGGGGAGGCGGCUGUGGGCAGCGUGUUCCCCCUAACCUCCCGUGAGCGGCGAACGCCGUCUUUGCCGGUGACCCUCUCGGUCCCGGACACCGGCAACACUGCCCAAGGUCCUCCCAGAUGAGCUGGAGACGGGAAAGGUCCUAUGUGAAGGACAUAGAUGCCAGGUUUUUCAAGAGCCCGGGACUCGGGUGUCUGCGGAAGGGACCCACUUGGGAGCACCCGGCAGGGCGGAGGUUGGUCCCCAAGUGUCCCUCCAAGAAGGGUGUCACGGAACCUCAGGGUGUCUGCUGUGUACUUCCCCUCUACGACACACAGAAGACCAGUUUCUACCAUGCCGUUUUUCUCUACACACGGGGGCACUGAUUUCCAUUCUGCGCAAAGAGCAACAUCCUUUCUCAUCGGACCCUGGCGCUGCGAAGGCAAAGCGCCCCCCUCCCAGCCCCCGCUUGAAGCCACGCUUGAAACAGUGGUUCGCCCGAAAGAGAGGGGAGGGGGACAGAGGGUGCAGGGCAGGGGACACCACCGCCCUUGCAACUACCCCCCCCCAAAGUCACAACUUACUCUUCUCUGAGAACACCCUUCGUCCUGAGUGGGGAGCCCUCCGCUCGGGGCCCACACGGGAAUGCCCGCCCCGCUCCGAAAUCGCAACUUCCCGCUUCGGGGAACAUGUGGGUACCGGCAUCCCCAGCCAGGCACUGCCCACGGGUCCGGGACGGGUCCUGGACGGGCCACCCGCAGCCACCAGGGAAGCGGGCGGGCGACCGGAAACCCGCGCAGUCCCCUCAGCCGCUUCCGAGACACGCGAGGCUGAGCCCCGGAGCUGUGUUCCCGCUGCCGCCGAGUACCCCAGGAUCUUGGAAUAACUCGGCUCGCUCGCUCCUAUCAAGCCUGCCCUUCCUGCCGUCGGUGGACGAUGACAGCCCCGGUUAAGCGCCAGCCACCGAGACCUGUUCCUCCGUGACGCUAUGUCCGGAGGGCAGCGAAGCCGAAGCAAAAGGCAAAGGCGGGAAUGGGCGGAAAUGCGCAAACAAAAGGGUGGGGCGGGAAAGGGCCCUACCUAGCCCCAUUCCUGCCGCACUCGUCUGUCGACCCGGAGGCCCAGUGUUCUGCCCAGCCCGCCCGAGUCCUCACGGCAAACAGCGGCACAGCUCCUCCGAGUGCGUGGGGAGGUGGCUCUGAAAAGAGCCUUUGGGUUCGGUGCGAUGGAAAACCUUGG